GGCAAUUAUUUUUGAGGGUGUUACGUUACAUACAUUCACUGAGUAUAGUAGGCGAUCGAUAUUUUAUUGAAGAAUGAAGAACGAGGAUCAAGCGAGGUCCCUGUUUGGGAUUUCCCUCUCUGAUCGAACCAAAUGGCAACAAUUCCUUAUUUGUUCAUCUGGGUUCUUCUUUGGCUACCUUGUUAAUGGCAUUUGUGAGGAAUAUGUGUAUAAUCGGCUUCAAUUCAGCUAUGGAUGGUAUUUCACUUUUGUCCAAGGAUUUGUAUAUUUGAUUCUGAUAUACCUUCAAGGCUUCACUACUAAGCAAAUGGUAAAUCCAUGGAAAACAUACGUCAAACUGUCUGCAGUUCUCAUGGGCUCUCAUGGAUUAACUAAGGGAUCUUUGGCGUUCCUUAACUACCCUGCACAGAUAAUGUUCAAAUCCACAAAGGUACUUCCGGUUAUGAUUAUGGGUGCCUUCAUUCCUGGCUUGAGAAGAAAAUAUCCACCUCAUGAGUACAUCUCUGCCAUGCUUUUAGUCGUUGGCCUCAUCCUUUUCACGUUGGCAGAUGCUCACACAUCUCCAAACUUUAGCAUAAUUGGUGUUGUAAUGAUUACUGGUGCUUUAAUUAUGGAUUCUUUUUUGGGUAACUUGCAAGAGGCAAUUUUCACCAUGAAUCCUGAUACAACCCAGAUGGAAAUGUUGUUCUGCUCAACUGUGGUUGGGAUUCCUUUCUUGCUUGUACCUAUGAUUCUUACUGGGGAGCUCUUUAGGGCCUGGAGUUCUUGUUCUCAAGGAGAAAACGCACCCACAGCACUAGCUGCGUUGGAUAGGAUGCAAGCAUACCAAGGCUAAGACUUUGGUUCUAAUCUUUGUAAAACAAAUCCCUUUUCCCUCAAAUUCCCCAUGUUCAAAAAAAUAUAAAAAAAAGGGGGAGAAAACGUUGCGGUCAAGUCAUGUGCAUGUCUCUUGCUGGGAAACUUUUGUCACUGUAACUUUCUGAGAAACAGAAAACUUAUCACUAUGUUGUAUCAUGAAAGCAUCCUUACGUGUAUGGAGUGUUAGUGUUUGAAGCCAUGGCCACUUUUAUUGGGCAAGUGUCUGUCUUGUCCCUAAUCGCUCUUUUUGGUGCUGCUACUACUGCCAUGAUUACAACUGCUAGAAAGGCAGUAACGUUGUUGCUCUCAUACAUGAUAUUCACAAAGCCAUUAACCGAACAGCAUGGGACUGGACUGCUGCUCAUAGCCAUGGGAAUCAUACUAAAGAUGCUGCCGGAUAAUAAACCUGACCAAAGGACUUCCAUCUCAGAUGUCAGAACCAAGCAUUCCAAAUCUUCUUCUUCCAAUGAAGAGAAACCAGUAAUGAACUGCAAAGAAAUAGAAGAAGAGAAAAGACCUCUAGUGUGAAUAUAUAUUGUGCAGUUUCUAAGGUUCCUACUCCCCAUUUGAAGUGAAUUUUUACAGUUUUAUAUUCUUUUGAUGCAAGAUAGGAAUAACAGAGCUAGGGGGCA